GUCCCCAUGCACAAAAUUCCCAAUGUCCCUUUAGGGAAAGUGGAACAGCGGCACGUCGUCAGGAUUUUUUUCCCCAGAUUAUACACCGCAGCGUCCGAAGACCCGUCUCGGGUCGGAUUGUCUCAAGAGGACUUGGCGCUUAUAUACGACCGCUGCCUUCGUCCUACGAUGAUACAAUAUUUGCCCGAAACAAGAGACAGAUGGCCGACCUCUUAUAAUAUCGCCUUGACCCACGCUAGAACAUCCACCGGCUCCCUCGCAUUUAACACCGUCGACGUCGCUUGGCGUGUUUUGGAGGACCUUGCAAUCCCAUUUCUCACAAAACUUGGGGAGGAAAAGGACGAGUUCAGGGAUGCAUAUUUUGUGCACGAGUUAAGAGGAAAGAAGAACGCUGCUAUGCACGAUGGAGAGGUCGCGGCUGAAAGACGUACGGCUCUCGAUGAAGUAUUUGAGCAUGUCAAUGGUCGACACCUGGAUCCUCGACAGUGGCAUGUGGAUGUUGCACUAACGAUUGGCUUGCCAGGGCAUGUUGUCACCUGGCGCGAGUCUUCUCACCGAGAGAUCCUCAACUUUCUUAUGCCUCACGCAGGCCCUGACCGCAUUGAUCGCUUGAUGAAGAAAAAGUCAGCGUUUCACGUUGAUCGCCAUUUACAAAUCAAAGAAUUCGCCGGCUUUCGUGCAAAUACGACCACUGUCGCCCGCGCAGAUGGUAUAUCAUAUAUCCAGGCGUAUUGUACCGAAAAAAAUGUGACGUAUUCACUGAGCCCUGGAGUCUUUCGGCGGCGUCGAGCCAAAGAGCUUUUGGAGAAGAAGACGCUGGAGAAGAUUCUAUCGGACUUGGAUAUCAUGAGCGACGUAUUUUUCGAAUGCACUGGUGAUGGAGUGGUCGUCGGUCGUGAUGGUUGCGCCCGCCUUGAGGUUCGGGUUCCGCUGGACAAGGCCUUGAACUGGCUGCCUACUCUCCCAGAGGACUUCGUCCAGCGCUGCGUCAUUGCCAUCGACAGAAGACAGUGGUGGUAA